CUCUCGCUCGCUCGCUCGCUCGCUCUCUCUCCGCGCCGUAAGAGUCGCGAGCUCCACAUUUUAGCAUCAGUGCUCAGAUCUUGCGAGCGUAAAGUGGCGAGAUCCCACAGAAGCGCCGCGUAAAGACGCACGCAAAGACUUUUUUUUUUUUUUCAAAUUUAAAUCCAAGACGCUUCAAGUCAGCUGCGCGUGGACUGUGAGCCGCGGGACACGUUUUUAUUUUUUUCUCCCAGUCUCGCGCGACACCUAAUGUUUUAAAAGCUUUUCGCGAGCGCAAAAAAACCCACGAUCUCGCUCGUUGUUUGGUUUUUCUCGCCCUGUAUGGAUUUAGCGCCGUGAUCGGCCGGUUGCGGUGGACUUUGCCCACGGGAACACGGCUACUUUCUUGGGACACCAGCAGAAACAGGCAGCUGCUGUUCCCGUUUUAUUGGACUGGUAUUAAUGGAUUUAUAAGCUCAACCUUGUGUCCGGCAGGAUACAAAUCUGCUGCUCACAGGCUGCUUUGGGAAGAGAUUGGCUUCAGAGGGAAUACUAGGGCUCCAAAUGAGGAUUUCAAUAUUCCCUCGUAUCGACCGGGACAAGGAGUGAUUUCCCUUGGUGGCAGUCAUCACAGCGAGGACGGGCCGAGGGCGAAAGGGUCCGGAUUUAGAAACGGUGCUUCUCUGAGUUUGCCAAUGCUGAAGACCAGAGCGUGAGGCCCGCUUCAGGCUUCCAGCACACAUUUCUGCCGUUCAUCAGCGAGAGGCGCAUCCGAAAGAUGGUGAGGGUCUGUGCGUUCAUCCUCCUGCUCUGUUUAACGGACGGAGUCUCGGCCAGAGCUGUCGACGGGGGAAGAACCAAAGAUCUGAGGGUCUCCAGGCCCCUGAUUGUGCCAGGUUACCCUGAGAACGCCACAGCGGUGGUGGGAGGUCAGGCCAAGCUGGUGUGUAAAGUCCACAGGCCAGCAUCCACUAAAGUGCAGUGGCUGAAGACAGAGUUGGGCUCCGCAGGACAAGGCCAGGGGGGAGCAGCAGGCCUCAGAGCGCUGACGGCUCUGCAGAGCAACGUGUCCAAGCUGCACACGCUGCAUCUGACCAACAUCACUCUGCAGGAUGCGGGAGAGUACGUCUGCAUGGCGGAGAGCAGCCACGCGGGGCAGACGGUGCAGGCCAUGCAGUCGGCCUGGCUGGACGUUCUGCCUGGCACCAUCAUUUCCAAAGCUGUGGACCUGGCCGCUGCUGAAUUCUCCCCAGACGUUCUCGAGGACCUUAGUGAGGACACAUCAGAGCAUCUCCUGCUGGAGCUGGGCAACGUGCUGAAGCUGCGCUGUGACACGAACGCUCGGCCGGGCAUGGCAGUGAACUGGUACAAGGAGGGCGUUCGGGUUCUGCCGACCCCCCGCAUCCAGAUGCGAGGCGUCGUCAUGGAGAUCACAGACGUGACAUACGAGGACUCGGGUAUUUACGUUUGCGUUCUGAGAGGAACCAAAGAGCCCGUGAGAAACUUCACCAUCACUGUAGCUGACUCAAUGGGGUCAGGAGACGAUGAUGAAGACAACGGCCUGGAGGACUCAUCGGCUGAGAUUGAAAACGACCAGGUGUACUUCUCCAAAGGUCCCUACUGGACCCACACGCAGCGCAUGGAGAAGAAGCUGUACGCAGUCCCCGCUGGCAACACCGUGAAGUUCCGUUGCCCUGCGAUGGGCAACCCCAUGCCGAGCAUCCGCUGGCUGAAGAACGGGCGUGAGUUCCGAGGAGAGCACCGCAUCGGGGGCAUCAAGCUGAGACACCAGCACUGGAGCCUGGUGAUGGAGAGUGUUGUUCCAUCAGACAGAGGAAACUACACCUGCAUGGUGGAGAAUAAAUACGGCUCCAUCUCACACAGCUACGUCCUUGAUGUCUUAGAGCGCUCCCCCCACAGGCCCAUCCUGCAGGCCGGUCUGCCGGCCAACACCACAGCCGUGGUGGGCAGUGACGUCCAGUUCCACUGUAAGGUCUACAGUGAUGCCCAGCCUCACAUCCAGUGGCUCAAACACAUCGAAAGGAACGGGAGCCGCUACGGCCCCGACGGGGUCCCCUACGUCCAGGUCCUCAAGACUGGCAGCUUGAACAUGUCAGAGGUGGAGGUGCUCUACCUGUCCAAGGUCACCAUGGAGGACGCAGGAGAGUACACAUGUCUGGCAGGAAAUUCGAUUGGUUAUGCCUACCAGUCCGCUUGGCUCACUGUUCUCUCAGAGGAGGAAGCGGCCGAUGCUGUGGAAACCAUGGAGACCAAGUACACCGACAUCAUCAUCUACGUGUGCGGGUUCCUGGCUCUGAUCAUGGCCAUCAUCAUCGUGGUGCUCUGUCGAAUGCAGGUCCAUCCUAGAAGAGAGCCAUUUGAUGCGCUUCCCGUGCAGAAGCUCUCCAAGUUCCCUCUUCGCAGACAGUACUCUGUGGAAUCCAACUCAUCCGGGAAGUCCAGCGCGUCUCUGAUGAGGGUGGCUCGCCUGUCCUCCAGCUGCUCGCCCAUGCUGGCUGGAGUCAUGGAGUUUGAGUUGCCCUACGACCCCGACUGGGAAUUCCCAAGGGAGAAUUUAACUCUCGGCAAACCUCUGGGAGAAGGCUGCUUUGGCCAGGUAGUCAGAGCUGAGGCCUACGGCAUCAACAAGGACUCCCCCGACCAGGCCUCCACUGUGGCAGUCAAGAUGCUCAAAGAUGAUGCCACAGACAAGGAUCUUGCAGAUCUUAUCUCAGAGAUGGAGCUGAUGAAGGUGAUGGACAAGCACAAGAACAUCAUCAAUCUGCUGGGAGUCUGCACACAGGAAGGCCCUCUGUAUGUGCUGGUGGAGUAUGCCUCCAAAGGCAGUCUGAGGGAGUACCUGCGGGCCCGGCGGCCUCCAGGCAUGGACUACACCUUUGAUGUGACCAAAGUGCCCGAGGAGCAGCUCACCUUCAAAGACCUCCUGUCCUGUGCCUACCAGGUGGCCAGAGGGAUGGAGUACCUGGCCUCUAAGAGGUGUAUCCACAGAGACUUGGCAGCCAGAAAUGUCCUGGUGACAGAAGACAAUGUGAUGAAGAUCGCUGACUUCGGCCUGGCUAGAGGCGUCCACCAGAUCGACUACUACAAGAAAACCACCAACGGGCGACUGCCGGUGAAGUGGAUGGCACCAGAAGCCCUGUUUGACCGAGUCUACACGCACCAAAGUGACGUGUGGUCGUUCGGCGUGCUCAUGUGGGAGAUCUUCACCCUCGGCGGCUCCCCGUACCCCGGCAUCCCUGUGGAGGAGCUGUUCAAGCUGCUGAAAGAAGGCCACCGAAUGGAUAAACCCUCCAACUGCACACAUGAACUCUACAUGAUGAUGCGUGAGUGCUGGCAGGCUGUUCCCACCCAGAGGCCGACCUUCAAACAGCUGGUGGAGGAGCUGGACCGAGUGCUGCUGUCCAUCUCUGACGAGUACUUGGACCUGUCAACGCCCUUUGAGCAGUACUCCCCGUCGUGUGAGGACACGUCUAGCUCCUGUUCCUCUGACAACGACUCUGUUUUUACCCACGAUGCUUUGUCCUCGGACCCCUGUCUCCUGGGAUACCAGGAUGUGCGCUCCCGGAUAGACAUGAAGACGGCGCUCCGAUAGGCACCCAAACACACACACACACACUCACACACACACGCAUAUGAACGCUACGUAGGGAACGAGACUCUGGGCCUUCGAAUGGAGCCCCCAUCAGCUGGCAGCAUUUCUGAAGUCAAUGUUUUUAUUCCUAUAACAUUUUACAGUAGACCUCCAACCUGGCAACUCAGAUGAAUGGGCAUUUUUUAAGACACAUACAGGUAAAUACCAACAUGUGUGGAUGCGGAGCACUAAGACCAGUGGGCUUCAUUACACGGUGGAGUUCUGAUAGGGAGAAGAGACGACAAACAGAACACGGUACUUUAUGAGCUCUGGCACUGUGCCCGAGAACAGAUGUAAUGUUGGGAAGUUGGCACUAAACUCAAGAAGAGACCCAGGUACUCAAAAUGAUCCACUCUCCUUCAGAGAGACACGGACAAUUCAGCCCAGAACCAGGACCUGUGUCCUCAGUGAAAAAGACAUAAAAAAAAACAAAGAUUUAUUUUGCUAUGAUAAACAAAAGAAGAAAUUGAUUGUUAAAUAUAAAUCUUUCUAUAUAAAAUUAUUUUACUUUGUGUUGCUUAUUUAAAAAGAAGAAAAGUCUUAAAUCUCAGGAGCUCUCAUGCUAAGAAGUUGUUGUAGUGGCAGCGAAGUGCCUGAAUUUAGGAUUUCCUGUGAAUAUAUUAGAGUAUUAAAAUAUUGUAUGUACAUAUGAACAACAAUUGCCUUUCAUAAAUUAUUCUGUAUGACACAAAAAUGAAGGUUAUGGGAAGUGGAAGGAGAGAAGGAUUUACUCAGUCAUUUACAAGUGCCAAACCUGUCACAGCUUUCAAACUGUCUUCAUGUCCAGGUUUCAUUCCAAAGGACCAUCAUGUACCAUUUAGUAUAAAACCAUUGGACCUAUGAUCUCCGUUUAACACACACUCUGACACAGAUGAAUCAGACCAGUAUGAGAAACAUAUAUUUGUCAUAUUGACUAUUCUGAGCUUUUUAAUUAGGCUUAGACGUGGGAAUCAUUUGGAAUGAAACCUCCUUUUGUCUUUUUUUUUAACUGCUGCAGUGUCCAACCCAAGGAAACACUUGUGGUUAAAUACCAGUGGGAACGCAGUUAUUGUUGCUGUUGCUGAAAGAAAACCACAAAUCACACAAUUGUCUGGGAGAAAUACUGUGUCAAAGGGUUCGGCUGCGUUGCCUAAGUCUUGAAACACCAAACCCCCAAAGGUCACAAGACAGGCUCAUUUACAAGCAGGAACAGCCAUGUACACUGGGAGACAACAUCUUGUGGUUUUCCUCCAGCAGCAGCUUCACUCGUUCGGCCUCUUGCCUGCACGGCUGCUUUGUUUGAGACGGUGUUGAGGGUGGGACUCACUGUAAAGAGAGGACUGAAGAUUCAGCAUGAGGACUCUGUGGGGAGCUGGCCCAAGCCCACUGUCACUGGAGGCGAGGGGGGGGGGGUCACUGAAUGUGAAAACCAGUGUGAUUGAUUUCAAAUAGAGGAGGAGGGGGAGGAUCCUCCUUUGUCUGGCUGUAACCCUUCACCCAGCCCAAUCUGCUGGUGAGGGGUCCUCAGGUCUGCAGCCUGGCUGGACAAUGGGGGCUUUGCAGGCUUAAUGGGUGUGACCACGGACCAGAGGGAAUUCUGGGGGUAUUGGUGUGGGGAUGGCUUGGGCCUGUGUGCAAAUGAAGAGAGCGACUCUUAUUAUGGUAAUGUGUGCUCCUCUCUCCCGAACGCCCCUAUCUUUAUCCGCGGCCACCAUCUUUUAAAUUACAAAUCUUAACUCAGAUCCACCACUGCCACCGGCACCAGCUGCAGAAAACUCCCCCGUGGGGUAAAAUGUCAAAUGUGUGUAACCUGAAUCCGAUCGCGGACGAGAAACCGGGGGAGAGAGAGAAAACAGCUUUUACAGCUGUUAGAAAUCACAUAGUGUGUCUGCAGGUUUUAGAUGAGCUGUGUCCACAUUGUUAGUUAUAGGAUUCUCUGAUCUCUCCUCCCUGCAGACAUGGCGCUCGUCCUCCUCCACCCAUGCGUUAUGUAUCUACUCUCCUCAUUUGUUUGCAUUGCGUGUUGCCAGUCUCUCUGUGACAGCUGGUGCCACGGACUGAUGUCUCAUUUUGGAAUGAAGCUCUUAUUUUUACAUAAAGUGUCCGGAUACAUUUGCAUCUUUACAUUCCAGUUAUCUUCUCUUCUCCUAGAUACAAUCACAGCAUUUUAAGCAUUUCUUCAAAGAAUUAUUUUAGAAAUAUCUAAUUUAUUUGUUUAUUGUUUUGUUUUUAUAUGAAAUAAAGUAUAAUUUAAAAUAAAA